GAACUGCUUUUAAGGAGAGUCCCACGAGAGCAGCAGUAUUCAUGUAUGUAAGCCUGAGCAGUUCCUUUUAGUGAUGAACAUUUCACCCCCAGGAAGAGUUGUUAACCGGAGAAGGUGCUAGAGCACUUGCGGUUAUGGGGUAGUGAUUCUUCUCAGUGUAACUGUGGCAUCUGCAGGACUGCCAGAUUGUCAGGUGCCGGAUGAAGGGACAGGUUGAAAAGAGAAUGUGAUGCAGUGUGUGUGCUCAUGCAGUAAUUAGAACCAGUUUAGCUUAUGAUGUGUUACCAAGUAUUCUAACUUCUACCAAGUCCAUCUUACUUCCUGCCUCGUACAUCCUUUUAACAAAAAUAAAUUAUAUUCUGGUUACUGACUAGUUUUUCAGCAGUGUAUACUAUUUUUUAUGGAAACCUGUAAUGCUGCUCUCUGGCAAAAUUAAGUGGGUUCUAUUUCUGAUUUUGAUCACAUGAUUUUUACUUAAUUUCCCCGUCGUUUAUAGCAUACGUGCUAGCACACAUGUAGUGAAGGGCCACAAGGCUUUGACCAUUCUUGCUUCAUGGGUAACAGAGAGUAUGAUCUACACGGCUUUCAUUGAAUCAUUAUGAAAUAAAUGAGAAAUGGCUCAGAAUGGUCAUUUUUAUCUUACAAAGCUAGAUAAUAAGCAUUAGAUAUACAUAUUUAAAUCUUGCUUUUAUAAAAGUAGUUUAAAAAGAUACAUUACUUGAUGCUUUCCUUAGUUGAUCUCAUAGUGGUUUCCAUAAUAUACCUUGAACCAUGUUUCAGUAUGUUCAUUUGAACUGAAAAAUGAAAUUGGACCUUUUGUGGGGAAGAAGCGCCGUCCUGACAUACAGACUGCCCAUGCUGUGUGGGCUCUGUGGCACGGUUCCCCCUAAGCUGCAGCUCAAAGUGCUGUAGUUGUGAUGAAAUGACAUUUAAAGCACACGAGCAUUUGCUUGUGCUCUCUCUGACGAAUGAAUAAAAUCUUAAAAAAAAAAUCCUCAAAAAAAAAAAAAAUAAAUAAUUUUUUUAAUUGGCAAAAAGGUAUGAGCUCCAUGUCUGAGUCUAGCAAUGAGUAGUACUGACCCACAGCCCCACGAGCCUCCUGGAAAACAGGCAGUCCCACUGUUCUCCAUGCAUUCUCCGUACAGUGUUGCUUUUGAUAUUUCAUUAUUAUCAAAGUUUCUAAUAGGUUUUGUUAUUCUGGUUGGGUUUGCAUUACUAAUAAUUGCAACAGUAACUUGAUUUUUCACAUGAAGAUUUCAACCCCUAGAAAAGAUAUUUUUUAAAACUAGAAUUUUAAUUUAUGUACAUGUUUUUAUCACAGGGAAAUAUGUAGGGUAAUAAAAGACUUCAAAGCAUAACAACACAUUCAGGUAAAGAGCCAGAGUUGAGCGGAGUAGCGUGCAUGUUCAGGGAGAAUAGCAAGUGACGUGGAGUUUCUUACUGUUAAAGAAGAGUGAGCGGAUCCCGGGCCCUAGCCCCUCACCUUGCUUGCUCACCCUAGUCCUAGCCCUGGUCUGCUGUCCCGAAGCUGCAGAGCGCUGGGGAGAAGCAUGGACGACAGCCAGAGCUAAUCCAGCAGGAGGGGCCUGGGGUCCCUGAGGCAGAGAAGCUGGCAGACGUACUCAAAGCUAUAAUGGAACUACGUUUCCCUGCAGUGAAGGGGACACCGAAUGUGCUCCCUGGAAAACCGAGACUUGUCGCCGAGGUGAACAACCCCUCAGGCGCCCAGGAAGGAAGUAGCAGGCUGUGGCCUGGCACCGCGGCUUACAGCGCCCCCCAGAGCGGAGUCUGUUAAGUGCCGAGGGUUAAGGAGCCGUGACCCUAGGGUUUCAUGGCAGCCAGGCUGUCCGGUGCGUGCUGCGGCCGCGGACAGCCCUGCGUGUGAGUGCUCUCGGGCACGCGGGAGACGCCGCGAGGGCAAUGGGCAGGAGCAAGCGGGCAGCGGCGCGGGGCGCACACGGAGCACAGCGCACAGCUCGGGAGCGGGGACCUCUAGGCCGGUGUUGGCAUCAAGACCGAAGGUGAACUUGCUGUAACAGAGGUGGCUCGUCCUGUGUGUCAGAACCAACCAUUCCUGCUUAAAAUGGAAACUUCGAGUACAAAAACCUACACAAAGAAUGCAGCCUCUCUUUUCCCUUUAACGUUAGGUCAUUAGAUAUUUUCACGAAGACGUAUUUUCUAGAAGUUCAGCACAUCCUUCAGUUUCACUUGUUCCUUUUCAUUUUAUUCAACAAAAAUCAAAUGCUUUUAUUCAACAAAAAUCAAAUGCUUUUAUUCUCGUCAACUUGUAUAAUGUUCACUGUAAAAUUGUCUUUAUGAAGUCAUUCACGUAUGCAUCUCCCGGGCUUUCUGGACACAGCUGUCACAGCACCUGAAAUUCCCUGGCACUUACUAGGACCCAGGCACUGUUCUAAACUUGCGUCACAUAUCUACUUAAUCCUUCCAAAACUUUGAGGUAGGGAGUAUUGUUCCCAUUUCACGGGGAGGGAACACUGAGACCAGAACUUAGAUUGCUUGUCCAGGGUCAGGUAGCAGAGUCAGGGGUGGAGACAGGAUUUGAAUCCAGGCCACUGGUCUUUGGGAUUUCGUGCUGCUCACAAACCAUGUGACUGUCAGAGAAACCCUUUCUGGGUGUCCGGAUUGUUUGUUUCUUCUUUGUACUUCGUUAUUUUAGAAAGCAUAUUUUUAUGAAAUCAACGAAGCGAUGACUUUUGAAGAGGAAGCUGGACAGAAAACAACCUGAAGGAUUUGGCAGCUUAUUUAAGCACACGCCGAGGGGCCCAAGGGUGGGAUGUGUUGGCCGGUUUCCUUCCCUUGUUCCUUUUCUACGAUUGUGCAGCUCUGCCUGGUAGUUGUGCUCCAUGGUGUUGGGGAUCUCCUGUGUGCCUCCCAUUCUUGGGGUUGCAGGGUAAGGAGGAGCCUCUGCCCCCGUGAAAUGGGCACCCGGGGUCUGAUCGCUGAAUGUCCAGAAGACACGUAGGAGCCUCGGGGUCCGCUCAGAGGACAAUGAAAGAUGGCAAGGUCAGUCCUACUCACUUCCACACAAGCCAGACUGGCUGGUUGUGUGGGAACCUUGUGGUGCCCAGCGGAGGUCUGCCAGGACCAGCUCCGGCGGCCGGCGUGCAGUGCGUUCAGGUCCAGCUACUGCAGGACGACCCCUCAGGUGAAGCAGCCUCGCCAUUGGUUCUCAGCCCGCAGCCUUCUGCCCUUCACCCCGUGUUCGCUGUUGAUUUGCCCGUCUAUGUCCUCCAGGAGGUGCUUCCUACAGCUGGAGGGGCUGCCGGGCCGGAGGAGGUGCAGUGUGCAGGGAGCACCAUCAAUCUUCGGGACCUGCAGUGACAGCGACCCUCUGCCCCGGGGACAGUCUGUGGCCCCCGGACUCUGUUUCGUGGUCUUAUAGGCCUGGGGGGAACCCCACUGGGUUUAAGCUCAGGAGGCUAGCUGAGUUCCUCAGAGACUUUUGGGCAUGUUUCUCAAAAAUGUUUUUCUUACACUUUAUCAGGAACCAGUUUGGGGCAGCAUUCGUUGAAAUCGCCUUACACGAACGUGAGGCAAGGACUGCCCUCAGGGCAAAGGCACAGGCCUUUUCCGGACUUGGCGGUGCGCAGACAUCCCUUGUCCCGUUUGAUCUAAGCCAUGGAGCCCCUGCUGUAUUAGAAAAACAGACUUAGGCAGGAAGUAGGAUAGAGUAUGGAUUCCUUAGUCAAAUAGGACUUCAACUGUAGUAAAAGCAAAUGGGAUCUUUCACCUUCCGUGUUUUAGCGUUUGGCCUGAGAGAGAUCUAGAAACUGUUUCCCCUUUCUGAGAGCUGUUUCCCAGCCCCUUGGGUGGUGGUUGUGGUUGGGCUGAUUCUGUCACCCCAUAGGGCAGAAGUGAUCCUGUUGUCAUAGUGAAGCCAAAUUCGAAUCCCUGUUUUGGCAGAGCAGGCGGGCAGCUCGUAUGAGGGGAAGGAGAUGGGAGUGCAGAGGGGGACACUGGGGCCCUGGUAGCGAGCCCUCCACAGAGAGGCCAAAUUUGAAGCUCCUAAUUUGGGGAUGCUAGAGGUAAAACUUUACAUUUUUCUAACUUCUGCAUUUGGGCGUUCAUGUUUAAUAAUAAUUUGUCCAGGUUCUACAGUCAGGGCCUGAGUACUCUGCACUACGUGUAGGACAGUGAGAGUGGCUUGUACAUGCUCGUCGUGGCCGCAGACGUGCAGGUACUGUGUCACCGUGUAUUUUCGCAGAGCACGGUCAGUCCUGCACAGGAGGCGAGCGGAGAACCUCGCACGUGUUUGUUUGUUGGCGAGACUGGCCACAUGGUCACUCAGAAAUGCUGUUGUUCGCCUUGUGCCUUUGAGGCUUACGUUGAUUCAGAUGCUGUUUUGGUUCUUGGACUUGGAAUUGUCCAAACUCUGCCUGUUCUGUGUUUCUUCAUUUCUUGAGUUUUUGGCCUUGGGCUUUUGGAAAUGACCCCAGCAUUCGGUGGUGAGUCCUCUCUCUUUCCUGCUCUGAGGUGCUGUCUGUCCAGGGUGCUUCUCUACCCAGAGGAACUCGGUCCCCAUUUAUAAAGUUUUUACCCACAGAACUCUGUGCUGCAUCACAGACUAAAGUUUUGUGUCCACCUGGCCCCUCCGCCUCCAGGUCUCCCAGCCUCCCUACACCAGGAGCCAGUCCGCCUGCCAGGGUGACCGUGGGGGCCGGGUGGCCUGGUGGCCACACUGCACUGUCCUGAUGGGAGGAGGGGCCGGGCCAGGGAACGAUCUCUCCGGGGUGGGUCGCUGGAACUUUCCUCGGAACGUCCCCUGGGAAUGUCCACCACCAUGAUGUGAUUGGUACUGGCUGUCAGUUUUCUGGGCACUGGGUUCCCUGGUGGCGUGGGCCCAACUUGUAGUACAAAUGAAUAAAAGUUUUUGUAUAGUCAUGUGC